CAAAGACGUGAACUGCAGUUGACUUUUUUCCCAUUUAACUUUUGUAAACGUAUUGUUGUUUUGUUAUAUUUAUUUGCAUCACCAGCCCUGUUUUAUUGUAUUAGACAUCAUAUUUGAAAAUUGGUUUCGUUCAGUCACAGGUCACAAUGGCAGCAGAAAAGUCAAGUCAAUUACCAACUUUUGCACCCUCCGAUUAUGUCAAGUUCUUCAGCGCAGGCGCGCUGGCGGCAACGCUCACACAUGGCGCGGCAACACCAAUCGACGUCGUCAAGACGCGGAUACAAGUAGACGACGCAAUGAAGGGCCUCAACAUGGUCAAGGCAGCACGGACUAUCGCAGCCAAAGAAGGCGCCUCGGCCCUGCUGACCGGCUUCGGCCCCACAGCGGUCGGUUAUCUGGUCCAGGGUGGCAGCAAAUUUGCGGGUUACGAGUUCUUCAAGAAGAAGUUCGUGGAGAUGGCUGGCGGGCCCGAGAGGGCAGUGCAGCACCGGACGGGCAUCUACCUGGGCGCCAGCGCGACGGCGGAAUUCUUCGCCGACAUUUUGCUGUGCCCGCUCGAGGCGACGCGGAUCAGGCUGGUGUCGCAGCGCGGGUACGCGACCGGGCUGACGACGGGGUUCGCGCGCAUGGCGAGGGAGGAAGGGCUGCGCGGUUUCUACUCUGGCUUCGUGCCGCUGCUCUUCAAGCAGGUGCCGUACGCAGUUGGUCAGUUUGCGGUGCACGAGGCUGCGGUCGAGGGCAUCUACCGCACGAUUGGGCCAGAGAAGAAGGCGACGUUGACGCAUGCGCAGGCGACGGGCGUGGAGUUGGCAUCAGGCAUCGUGGCGGGCGUGGCAGCAGCGGUACUAUCCCACCCGGCGGACACGCUGCUCUCGGCCAUCAACAAGGGCGCGGGCGACAAGGGUCAGGGGGCGACGGCGCGCAUGUUCCAACUGGCAGGGGAGUUUGGACCAAAGAGGCUGCUGCUGACGGGGCUGGGGCCCAGGAUUUUCAUGACGUGCGGCCUUGUCGCGGGGCAAUUUGUCAUCUACGCGCAGUGCAAGGCAUUGGUGGGUGCCGCGCCGGGUGUUGAAAUUCACAAGGAGGACUGAUUCGACCAAAAUGUCAUCUGAUGGGCGGUUUGAUCAGGACCGGGGGUGGACGGGGAGGGAAAGGUAACUACGACGCUGGACUGUGCUGUGCGUUUGUUCUUGUCAGGGGUGUCGGGGGCCGAGGCUUGGCUGUGGGUUGAUUGGGGGUGAUAUUGAGAAACCCAUCUUACCUUCCCCAAGGGGCAUAGGGUGCCUUUUGCAACGAAUAAACUUGAGGAAACCCAAACCUACGAAAGUAACUUGGGACUGCGAUUUUCCCAGGCGGUUGGACCCAGAAUUUCUUAAUCUCUUUUUGUCCCUUUCCCCUUGUUUUUCAAGUAAGGUAGCAAACAUGUCUUUUUUUUCCCGUUAUGCGACUGGCUCAAUUCUAACAUUCUCCCGGUCGCCCUUGUGCCACCGUGUCGAUUUGGGAAUGUAACUGUGGCCGCUACCACGUUGCACGGGCGGCUAUUCGGGACAGCUAAAAAUGGAGGGCGAGAUUGGUUUCUGCAGGUUCCUAUUUACGGCCAAUUGUCCUUAAGGGGGCGCGCCUUUUCAUUUUUUUCUGUUUUUUUGUUUUUCCCUUUUUCCUGAACGCCGUCUUGGCUGGCAACCCACAAUCAGCAUCUUACCUACCGUAGUCAGAUAAUGGGAUUGUACCUGCAUCCAUCCAUCCAUGUUACCUUGGUGAAUCUAUCCGUUCAGUUUGCUACAAUGGAUAAAAAUAAUAAACUCAAUGCACAAAGC